AUGGGUUGUCAUAGUAGCAAGGAGAAAAAAUCAAGCGCAGAAUUCAGCGGUGCCUAUGGAUCAGGCACUGGAAGUGGUAGUGGCAGUGCUGGUUACAACACUGUUCAACCACCAUCUACCACCGCUGCUACUCAGGUUCAAACAUCAGCACAACCCAAACCACAACCACAGUCAGAGGUAGUAGCGAGUUCACCAAAACCGAAACUUUCACAGACCCAGAAUGCGAGGGCGGUGCAGAAACCCGACACGACGAUUCUGGGGAAACCCUUUGAGGAUAUAAAGAAGUACUACAGUUUGGGGAAGGAACUGGGAAGAGGGCAAUUCGGGAUAACGUAUCUGUGCACGGAGAAUGCAAGCGGUAUGACGUACGCGUGCAAGUCGAUUCUGAAGAGGAAGCUGGUGUCGAAGGCGGACAGGGAGGACAUGAAGAGGGAGAUUCAGAUCAUGCAGCAUUUGUCGGGGCAGAACAAUAUUGUGGAGUUCAAAGGGGCGUACGAGGACAGGAUGUCGGUCCACCUUGUCAUGGAACUCUGCGCCGGCGGGGAGCUCUUCGACCGGAUCAUCGCCCAGGGCCACUACUCCGAGAGAGCCGCCGCCGCCCUCUGCCGUGCCGUUGUCAAUGUUGUUCACAUUUGCCACUUCAUGGGAGUUAUGCACCGCGAUCUCAAGCCCGAAAAUUUCUUGCUCUCUACAAAGGAUGAGGACGCUACGCUCAAGGCAACUGAUUUUGGACUCUCUGUUUUCAUUGAAGAAGGGAAGGUAUACCAUGAUAUGGUUGGCAGUGCAUACUAUGUUGCUCCUGAGGUAUUGCGUCGCAGUUAUGGAAAGGAAAUAGAUAUUUGGAGUGCAGGUGUCAUAUUGUAUAUUCUUCUCAGUGGUGUACCACCUUUCUGGGCUGAAACUGAAAAGGGAAUAUUUAACGCCAUAUUGGAAGGUGAAAUUGAUUUUGUAAGUGAACCAUGGCCAUCCAUAUCAGACAGUGCUAAAGAUCUAGUCAGGAAGAUGCUGACACAGGAUCCAAAGAAGCGGAUUACUUCUGCGCAAGUCCUUGAACACCCAUGGAUGAGAGAAGGUGGAGAGGCAUCGGAUAAACCAAUCGAUAAUGCAGUUCUAUCCAGAAUGAAACAAUUCAGGGCAAUGAAUAAGCUCAAGAAGUUAGCAUUGAAGGUUAUUGCUGAAAAUCUAUCAGAAGAGGAGAUUAAAGGUCUGAAAGCAAUGUUUGCAAAUAUGGACACAGACAAUAGUGGCACAAUCACCUAUGAAGAAUUGAAGACUGGCUUGGCUCGAAUUGGAUCAACAUUAUCCGAGGCUGAAGUGAAGCAACUCAUGGAUGCUGCUGAUGUUGAUGGAAAUGGGUCAAUAGACUAUCUUGAAUUCAUUUCAGCUACAAUGCAUAGGCACAGACUUGAACGUGAUGACCAUCUUUAUAAAGCAUUCCAGUAUUUUGAUACGGAUAACAGUGGGUACAUUACUAGAGAUGAAUUGGAGACAGCUAUGACUCAACAUGGAAUGGGUGAUGAAGCAACAAUAAAGGAAAUAAUCUCUGAGGUGGAUACAGAUAAUGAUGGGAGAAUAAACUAUGAGGAAUUCUGUGCAAUGAUGAGAAGUGGAAUGCCACACCAGGGACAACUACUUUAA